AUGGGUGUUUGGAUUUUGAACAUCCCACAGGAAAUGGAUAAUCAUAUGAGAAGCGAAUCAUACAAAUUUAUACGCAUGGCGGAUGAUUUACACGAUUUGGCACGCUACCUCAAUGAUAUGCGAAUAUGUUUUAUAGCACUAACAGUUAUGGGAUAUAUUGUAUUGAUAUUAUAUGGAAUUAUCUUUUGUGUUAGGAGGAAUCAGAGGCAACGUGGGGCUAAUAAUACUAAUUCAAGGACAAGAGGGCGAUGGGAUUUUCAGAUAGAAAAUAGAGAUCAGCAGCACACUCAAAAUGAUGAUUUGGUAUCUGUGAGAAGUGAUGGAUUGCAGGGUGUUACGUCAAGUUUCGGUUUAGGUCGCAAUUAUCACCGAAAUCCUGCAUCAUUUAUGCGUCAUGGUAUUGGUAUGAAUCAUACUCAACAAACAACAAGGUUAAUGGCUGAUCAAGAUAGCGGUGUUGUGAAACAUCAGGUACCAAACAUCAUAACUGAUCCUCCAAGUAGUGAAGAACAUACACCACCGGCAAAAGUGCCUGAAUUAUUGAAAGGAGCUAUGGAAAUGUGA